AUGACAUGCUGCGAUUUCAGCCAUACCAACCACAACCAAAACAAGAAGGCUCACCGCAAUGGUAUCAAGAAGCCUACGAGCUACAGGACGAGGUCGAUGAAGGGUGUUGACCCGAAGUUCCGCCGCAACGCCAAGUACGCGUUGACGGGUUCACGGAAAGCUCGCACGGAGGCUAAGGCCGGAGAAUCAUGA